AUAAAGUUUGGAGAUUGACAUCCCAACACAGGACCUGUCCAUUACACAUGCGUCUAAAAUUCAUUCAACAAGUAUCCUUCCUCUUUCAAACACACUUCACUUAUCACCUAAUUAUGUCUUUCUCUCUCUUAUAAAAAACCAGCUGGCUUCUCCCAACAACCCAGAAGAUGGAUAAUAGGCUAUGCGAUGAACUCUUGCAAGAAGUCUUCCUAAAACUUCCAUCUUCUUCCUCCUCCUCCUCUUCAAUCUCCCUUGUUUCAAAGCGAUGGCUUCAUCUCUACCGUUCAUCUAAACCCACCCUUUCCCUUCGUUUCAACAACCCUCAUCAUCACUUCUUCUCUUUCAUCUCUCUCCUCAAUCAACACCUUUCUCUCUCUUCUCUCUCUCUCUUCCUUCUUUCAUCUUCCACCACCACCCCAACAACAUCCCUUCUCCUCUCUGCUAUUUCCUCUUGUUCUUCUUCCUCCAAACUUGUCUCUCUCACUUUCCUGCCUGCUCCUGUUCCUCUCUCUUCCAUCGUUUCUCUCUCUAACUCUUGUACCCUAUUGGUGUCCCUUUCUAUUACUCUUUCAAGACCUGUUUUUCUCAAUUGGGUUUUGUAUUUUCCUUAUUUAAAACUUCUCUCAAUUGUUUUCUGUUAUGAGGACGAUGAUGAUGAUGGCGGUUGUUCUGAGGUUUUUGAAAGUAAAGAUUUUGAUAAGGAACUGAGUUUGGAAACUGUUUGUUUUGAGGGUAUCCGUAGAGAUGAUCUGGGAAUUGCUUGGCUAUGGAAGAGAUGCAAAAGGCUUAAGAAUUUGAAGCUUCUAAGUUGCCAAGGAAUUGGUAGUUCUUACUCAUCUUUUGUUCACUGUUUGCAGGGUAUUCAACAAAUUGAGCUUAAAACUUGUAGGAGUGUGCUUGAUGGAGUUCUCUUGGAAAUUGCACAACAUUGCAGCUCAUUGGAAUCACUUUUGGUUCAUGAUGGUGGUAGCAGAGAGGCUUUGCUACAUUUCUUUUCUAGUUGCACCUCUAAUUAUUUGCGUAAACUUGAUUUUCGUUUGCCUAUGGACCUUGAAAACAAUCAUCUUUUUGUUAUGGCUAUGAAUUUCAGAGGCCUUUCGUGUCUUAGGCUUCAAAGUUGUUGUCUUGUAACUGGUCAAGGGCUUAAGGCUCUUGGUAUGGCUGUGAGUAAUGGUCUUGAAGAAUUGGCACUCAUAAACUGUCAUGUGGUUGAAAGGGAGAAAGGCUUGCUUGCAACUUUGGGUCAACAUUUGAGGCAAUUGAGGAAACUAGAUUUGUCUCAUAAUGAAAUGUUGUUUGAUAAGGAUUUCAUUUCGAUGUUGGUUUCUUGCACUCAUUUGGUUGAUUUGAAGGUGAGAGGCUGUAAACGACUCACUAGUGUGGCUAUACUUUCUAUGCUUAGGAGUUGCAAGAGACUUCAAAAUGUUGACAUUAUGCACUGUUUGGGGAUAGAAUCUGAUGCUAUUGAACUAUUGGUCAAGAAUUGUCCAAGUUUGACAAGAUUGGAGGUUGAGGGAAGUAAGCUCUCGGAUGCUGCAAAAAUCUGGGCAUCGGAUAAAUUUAUUGAAAUUGUUUAAAACAAAUUUGUCGUAUCAUUGUGUAUUUGUGUAUUUGUAUUCCACUUUGUAGUUAUACUAUAAACCUUAUACCAUCAAAACUAUGGUUAUAAUGCCGCUGCCAUAGCAUAAAUCAUUUAGGUUGCAGAAACAAUGUGUAUAUUAAUUCUGAAAUUUGAAAUAAAGAGGUAUACAUUUCAGUUUCA